AUCGUUCGGUGAAGUUUGAAAGUUUCGGCUACCGUCGAAGCACGCUUCUAGUCUCAGAGAUGGCCGAAAUGGAAGAAAGCGACUUAAAAGAUGUGAAUAUUGUCAAUGAUGUUUUAGAAAGAAAGGAAAUAUGGCAACAGUUAGAAACUGUUAUUCAGACAGUUUCCAAUGAAGAAACAGGUGAUCCACCUAAAGAAGAAACGGAAUCACCAAAGGGUGAUGAUUCCAACAAAGUUGAAAUUCAAAAUGCUGAGACCAUGACUGAUACACCAAAAGACGAUAUUGCUGAAGAGAAAGAAGAGAACGGCAAUGAAUUGGUGAAAAAUGAGGAUGAAAAUCCCAAAAGUGAAUCCUCGGCAGAGAAUAAAGAAGUUUCUACUGAAAAUUUGACUGACUUAUUUCCAGAUAUGUCAUCUAUUCUGGACAGUGAUUUAACUAAUUUAACAGCGGAUAUCACUGCCGCAUUAGAUGCUACAGAGUCAGAUUUUAAUAAAGAUAAUCCAUUAGAUAUCUUAAAUUUAUGCAGUGCUACUGCACAACAUUUAAAAGAUACUAUUAACGAAGUUUUAAAAUCUAGAGAUGUACCGAAAGAUUCUUCGUCUGAAGCCAACCAAUUGAAAUUAGCCGAUAACAUUAAAGAAAAAAUUGCAGAAUUGGAACAAACAUUCAAAUCCACUUCCAUUAGUGCAAAAGAAAUUGACAAUCAAAAGAGUGGUGUGGACGAAUCUAUUAAGAAAGUAAUCUCUAAAGUAAAUCCUUCCGAAAAUAGCGGAAGCAUACAAAGCAUGCCUUUAAUUGAAAAUGAUAACAACGAGAAUAGAGAAAAAGAAAAAUUAUCUAAUUCUGACGAUUUAGAAAAUUCGGAUAAAAUUAAUAUUGAAAUUACCGAGAAAACGUCGGCAGAGUACAAAGUUUCGAGUACCGUUACGGAAAAUGUCGAACAGAAAAAUAACAAUAUAUUAUCUGCAUGUGAUGUAACAGAAAGCAAAAUGCAUAAAAAAUUUUCUAAAGGUUGCAAUUCUAGUAAACGUAAAGGAGAAAAAACUAUUGAUCAGUUGAUGAAAUUUUUAGCCAAUUAUGGCACGGCAGAAGAGAAACUUCAAGCCCUGUAUAAAAAGCAUCUAGAAGUUUUGGAAGAACAACGAAAUUUCGAAAGUAGAAUAAAACAGUCCGAAAGACAUAAUAUUCAGUUGACUAGAGAAAAAGAACAACUUCAAGCCGAUCACAAUAGAGCCGUUUUGGCAAAGAGUAAACUGGAAAGUUUAUGCCGAGAAUUACAGAGACAAAAUAAAGCAAUCAAGGAAGAGAGUCUUCUACGUAUUAGGGAGGAGGAAGAAAAAAGAAAAGAAUUAGUUGGAAAAUUUCAGACUACUCUCAAUGAUAUUUCGACUUUGAUGCAAGAAAAUCAACAGAAGAGCACUCAGCUGAAAGAAGAAAAUAUCGAAUUAGCCCAAAAGUUAAAAUCUCUGGUUGAUCAUUACGAUUUAUGGGAAAAGGUAUGGAAUUUACAAAAGGGUGAUGAUUCCAACAAAGUUGAAAUUCAAAAUGCUGAGACCAUGACUGAUACACCAAAAGACGAUAUUGCUGAAGAGAAAGAAGAGAACGGCAAUGAAUUGGUGAAAAAUGAGGAUGAAAAUCCCAAAAGUGAAUCCUCGGCAGAGAAUAAAGAAGUUUCUACUGAAAAUUUGACUGACUUAUUUCCAGAUAUGUCAUCUAUUCUGGACAGUGAUUUAACUAAUUUAACAGCGGAUAUCACUGCCGCAUUAGAUGCUACAGAGUCAGAUUUUAAUAAAGAUAAUCCAUUAGAUAUCUUAAAUUUAUGCAGUGCUACUGCACAACAUUUAAAAGAUACUAUUAACGAAGUUUUAAAAUCUAGAGAUGUACCGAAAGAUUCUUCGUCUGAAGCCAACCAAUUGAAAUUAGCCGAUAACAUUAAAGAAAAAAUUGCAGAAUUGGAACAAACAUUCAAAUCCACUUCCAUUAGUGCAAAAGAAAUUGACAAUCAAAAGAGUGGUGUGGACGAAUCUAUUAAGAAAGUAAUCUCUAAAGUAAAUCCUUCCGAAAAUAGCGGAAGCAUACAAAGCAUGCCUUUAAUUGAAAAUGAUAACAACGAGAAUAGAGAAAAAGAAAAAUUAUCUAAUUCUGACGAUUUAGAAAAUUCGGAUAAAAUUAAUAUUGAAAUUACCGAGAAAACGUCGGCAGAGUACAAAGUUUCGAGUACCGUUACGGAAAAUGUCGAACAGAAAAAUAACAAUAUAUUAUCUGCAUGUGAUGUAACAGAAAGCAAAAUGCAUAAAAAAUUUUCUAAAGGUUGCAAUUCUAGUAAACGUAAAGGAGAAAAAACUAUUGAUCAGUUGAUGAAAUUUUUAGCCAAUUAUGGCACGGCAGAAGAGAAACUUCAAGCCCUGUAUAAAAAGCAUCUAGAAGUUUUGGAAGAACAACGAAAUUUCGAAAGUAGAAUAAAACAGUCCGAAAGACAUAAUAUUCAGUUGACUAGAGAAAAAGAACAACUUCAAGCCGAUCACAAUAGAGCCGUUUUGGCAAAGAGUAAACUGGAAAGUUUAUGCCGAGAAUUACAGAGACAAAAUAAAGCAAUCAAGGAAGAGAGUCUUCUACGUAUUAGGGAGGAGGAAGAAAAAAGAAAAGAAUUAGUUGGAAAAUUUCAGACUACUCUCAAUGAUAUUUCGACUUUGAUGCAAGAAAAUCAACAGAAGAGCACUCAGCUGAAAGAAGAAAAUAUCGAAUUAGCCCAAAAGUUAAAAUCUCUGGUUGAUCAUUACGAUUUAUGGGAAAAGCAUAUGGGAAAAGUUGUAAGACAAAAGGAACUAGAAUCUCAAUUAGCUAAAGCAAAACUAGCCAAAACAAUGUUACAACUUAAACAAGAAAGGGAGAAUUUUCUGAAAGAGAAACACCAACUGUUGGAAAAUAUUAAUGAACUACAAAAAAGAAGUACUGAAUUAGCUUCGACGGAAUUGAAACUACGAAAUGAGCUGAGUCUGUACACUUCGAAAUACGACGAAUUUCAGGGAGUUCUUCGAAAGAGCAACGACGUUUUCAGCUCGUUUAAGAGCGACAUGGAUGCGAUGUCAAAAAAGAUUAAAAAACUUCAAAAAGAAACUGGUCAAUGGAAAACCAGAUGGGAGAGUAGUAAUCGUGCACUUAUUGAGAUGGCAGCUGAAAAACAAAAACGAGAUCAAGAAUUGUUAACGUCACAGCAGAGAGUACUUACUUUAGAAAAGUUAUGCAGGGCUCUACAGACAGAAAGAAUAGAGUUACAGAACCAGAUAAAAAAUCAACUCAAUCAAAUUGAUCAAGUGACAGAAAGUUCGGAACAUGUCCAGUGCAGUCAAGCCGUCAUUGGUGAACAACAGCAACAACAACUAUAAUUUAUGCUUUCUUAUUGUUAAAGAAUUUAUAUUUUGAAUCGGUAAAAUUAUUACUGCGAUAGAGAUGGCCAUAAUUUAACUUUUUUAUUGUUAGAGAAAGAUUGUGCAUUUGUGGUUGUUUGCCAUAAUCAUUGAUCCAAAGAUCUGUAUAUAUAUAAACUAUAAAUAGGCAUGCUUAUGUUAAUUGGUGCCUUUAUGAUGGUGUUUUAAAAAAAUAUAAACGAAAUUUUGUCAUUCUAAAUCAAAUUCCGUAUAGGACUCUAUAGAAGUAUUAAAUACCAUGCCUCAAAUCCCAAAGUGUUCAUAGUAACCUUAAAAAUUUGAAGUGCAAAGUAUUUUGUUUUAUCUUUUGAAUGUACCCACUUUCGGAUUUGAAUCUCUCAUAGAGGAAUAAUUUAGCAAAUAAAA